CGUUGCGGCGUCGUUUCGGCAGCAGCGGCCAGCUCGCGGUGGAAGAGCAUCGGAUAGAUUCAUAGAACCCAGAGCGCGGUUCGCUAAUCGCUCGCACCUCUUCGCCGUGCCUGGGUGAUGACAUUAGAGACGAACGACGAGCUAUCACCGAACAAACGAUUCUCAGGUUUCGUCCCUCGUGCUCGUCCUCUGCAGUUUUGAGGUUCGUGUUUUUGAUGUUUCUGUGCAUACGAUGAACACCGGUGUCGCUAAGAGCCCGGCAUUCUGUGUCACCGUUAGAGUUUGCCUGAAACCGACGUGCUUCAAUCAGUGCCCCACGUCGUGUCCCCGAAAUUUGUGGUGUCCUGCGUCCCUUCCAAAACCUCGCCUAAACCCCAUUUCCACAAGCAUCGCUGGUCGCUCUCUUGGGUUUUGUCGGAGAUACCACGAGAAAUCUUGCUUUUCAAAGAGGAACGGGAGAUCUGCAGCUGGGUCUCACCAAGAAUUGACGAAAGCGGGAGGUUUUGCCGGACCAAAGUGUGUGUUAAGUGGGUCGAGAGUGGAGAGUUCCAUUGAAUGUUGUUCUUUGAGAAAAGGCAGAAACUUUUCGAGUGUGGACUCUCGAAGGGAUGGGAGUGGUGCAAUAGGAGCUGGGGAAGUGCUUCCCUGGUUGGCAACAAAGGACACCAUGGAAGUGAAAAGGGCUGUGAAAGUUUAUAGCAGACAGAAUGGUUGUUCUUCGGGAGAAUCCACGAGAAAGUUGCAUAAGGGACCAGCUAUUUUGAACUCCCGGAGGGUCGGUGACACGAGUGGUGCAACAAGAGGUGGGAAAGCCAUGCCCUGGUUAGCAUCAAACAAAACCAAGGAAGUGGUUAAGAAACAGACUAGUCAUUCUUCUUGGGAGGAAUCGGCUAGAAAGUUGCAUAAGGAAGCAGAGAGUAGUGGUUCUUCGUGGGCAUCAACCAAACAGUUUGAUGGGAAGAAUGGUUCGUUCAGGAUGAAUAGGGCAGAUAAGAUAGCGGGGACUGAUGCAUCAGUCAGCAAACUCGCUGAUCACACAUGGAGCGCUGAUGAUUUUGGUAAGUUAGAGGAGGAUGAAGAUGUAGAAGACGAAGUUGACGAGGCAGAGACAAUUGAAGAUCCCAGGUGGGAUGCAAUUAAGACGAGGGUGAGAGGAGUAGUGGAUGUGAAACCACGGACAGAGAAUCCGAGACGCACAAGGUGGAAUAAGCAGGAAGAUUGGGGAAGAAAGACAUGGAAGGAGGCAAGUGAAUCGAGUCUGCCAAAGCUAGUCGGGGAAGGUGUUUAUGGCGUCGGUCCAGUCUUGGCAGCACUGUCAGCAGGAAGGCGAGAAUAUUACACAUUGUAUGUCCAAGAAGGGCUGGAUUUGAGUAGUAACAACAAAAAGAAGAAGGAUAAGAAGGGCUUUGAGAAAGUCUUGAGAAUGGCGGGAAAGAUUGGGUUAAGCAUUAAGGAAGCAUCGAAGCAUGAUCUCAACAUGGUUGUUGACAACCGUCCUCACCAGGGUCUAGUUUUGGAUGCUUCUCCAUUGGAAAUGGUUAAGGUAUUGGAACUUGAUCAAGUAUCCCUCGAGGAUGAGGGUUCUCUGUGGGUAGCUUUGGAUGAGGUCACAGAUCCUCAGAACUUAGGGGCAAUCAUUAGGUCUGCCUAUUUCUUUGGAGCUUCAGGGGUGGUCUUGUGUGCCAAAAAUUCAGCUCCAUUGAGUGGUGUCGUCAGCAAAGCAAGUGCUGGUUCUCUGGAGUUGAUGGAGCUCAGAUAUUGCAAGAACAUGAUGCAAUUCCUCACAUCUUCAGCAGAAAAUGGUUGGAGAGUUCUUGGAGGAUCGGUUUCUUCUAGAUCUGUUCCUCUGAAUGACAUUUCACCUGGUGUACCCACCAUUCUUGUUCUUGGGAGUGAGGGCACUGGACUGCGGCCUUUAGUGGAGAGAUCAUGUACUCAGUUGAUCAGGAUCCCAGGAAACAUCUCUUCGGACGUAACUGCCGGAGAAGCCAAUAAUGCAGAAGAGGGCACCGAAACAAAUAACUCGGCCGAGGAGUUCCGGUCCUUUUUGGCUGUUGAGAGCUUAAACGUCAGUGUUGCAGCUGGUGUGCUUCUCCAUCACCUGAUAGGUGGCAAUUCCAGUAAGGAACCUUGUGUAGCCAAUGAAUUGACUGAUUGAUAGAAUUGCAUGGCAUGCGAAUUUAAGUUCACUUUUGAAGUGUAUAAUUGCUUAUAUGUGUAUAAGCUAGAGAAUCCAUGUCAACUGGCCACCCCCUUCCUCUCCUGCAUUUGCCCUGUGGGCCUCCUUCCCCUUUAGGCAUUUUCUUGGGAUUUUCUCGUUGUUUGAGAAGGUAUGUUUUCCUGAAUUGUGGUUUAUGUAUUCAUUUGGCUGGAGGUAAUGGCAAGAAAGACUACAUGGAAGCAUCUUGCAUUCUUAAAUGUUGUUGUGACAGUCUAUGUUGUAGAGUGAGGGUAAUGCAAUCAAUUUCUUUUACUUUUUGCUUCUUUUCAUGUGUGAGAUUUC